CGUCACCGGAUCCUCCCGCCCGGCGCCGCCGCCGCUUCCUGCGGGCCCGCUCCGGCCCCGGGACCCCCUCGGAGCCCCGGGAGCCCCCGGGAGCGCGGGCCCGGCCCCGCCAUGUGGCUCUUCUCCCGGGACCCGGUGCGGGAUUUCCCCUUCGAGCUGGGCCCGCCCGACGCGGAUCCCGACGCGGAGCCGCUCCCGGACCCCGCGGCGCCGGCCCCGCUCUGGCGGCUGCUGCGGGGGCGCCGCAAGGCCGAUGGCGCUCCGGUGUCGGUGUUCGCGCACAGCCUGGGCCCGGGGGGGGACCCCGGUGCCACCGCGCUGGCCCGGGCGGGGCUGAAGCGGCUCCGCAGCCUCCGGCACCCCAACAUCCUGGGCUACCUGGACAGCCUGGAGACGGAGCAGUGCCUGUACCUGGUGACAGAGGCCGUGACCCCCCUGCGGCGGCACCUGCGGCUGCACCCCCCGAGCGGGGACUCGGGCGAGCAGGAGGUGGCCUGGGGGCUGCAGCGGCUGCUGACGGCGCUGGCGUUCCUGGGGGUCUCGGGGCUCGUUCACCACGCGCUGGGACUCGACGCCGUCUUCGUGGACCCCGGGGGCGAGUGGAAGCUGGGGGGGCUCGAAAGGGUGGCGGCCACCAGCGAGGGGACCCCCACCCGCCCCCCCGGUGACCCCCCCCGCCCUUGGGGUCUGCCCCCCGGGCUCAUCCCGCCCUUCUCGGAGCUGGUGGCUGCGGAUCCGGGGGCCCGGCCGGGCCCGGGGCCGCUCCUGGAGCGGCUGCAGCGCCCUGGAGCCUUCCUGGCCUGUGCCCUGGUGCGCACCGGGCUCUUCCUCGAGCACUUCCAGGUCCGGGACCCCUCGGAGCGCCGGACGUUCCUGCAGGAGCUGCCCCCUCUCCUGGAGUCCCUCCCGGGGCCCUUCCGGAGGCACAAGCUGCUCCCGAGGCUGCUCGAGGCCCUGGAGCUGGGCAGCGCUGAUGCCAGCGCCCUGCCCCCGCUGCUGCAGGUGGGACCCCCCCAAGGAGUGGGAUGGACUGGAAGAGUCUGGGAUCAUACUGGGAGGGAUGGGGGGGGGGUCUAUGGGCCUUUGGGGGGGACUGGGAGGGGUCCAUGGGAGUGUGAUCCCUGGUUUUUGGGGGUCCCUGGGGGUGUUCAGGGGUCUCAUGCCCCCCUCCCACAGCUCGAGGAGUUCAUUGAGUUCCUGCCUGAGGCCACGGUGGAUUCCCAGAUUUUCCCUCACGUUGCCCACGGGUUCCUGGACUCCAACCCGGCCAUCCGCGAGCAGACGGUCAAGUCCAUGGUGCUGCUGGCGCCCAAGCUGGGGGAGGGGCGCAGGGGCGGGGAGCUGCCCCGGCUGCUGCUGCGGGUGCAGGGGGGGGACGCGCUGGGACCCCUGCGCUGCAACGCCACGCUGUGCCUGGGGCGCCUGGCCCCCCACCUGCCCGCCCAGGUGAGCUCUGAGACCCCUGAACCCCCCCCAAAACACCCACAUAACCCCCCCUCU